AGCACCGGGAUCAACCUGAAACUCGCUGCAACUGAACGGAAACACCGAACAAACAAGUUUACACAACACGCGCACCUUUCCGUCCCCCCCCCGGAGCCCGGGGGCGUGCUGGUGGGUCGUGUGGGUGUCGGUUAACAACUUUUAUUCGGGGAAACUGUCGACGUGUUUGUUGCGAACAGAGUUCUGCGUUCAGUCGGAUGGAAGUGAGUGAGACAGGUCAGUUUUAAAAGACAGACAGUUUUUAACCGUCUAACGGUUCUCCCUGAGGACCCUCGCGUGUCUCCGGUUCAAUGUCCACAGUGAACUGCGCGGAGGAGCUGGACUUCACACUUAUAUUCGAGGAGGACGGCAGACAGACAGCAGGUCCAGAGCUCAAUGUGAGGACAACUCCCUCCUCCGCUCAGGCUCUGGCCGAGCAGCUCGUCAGCCAGGAGCUGCAAAGUCACCCUCCAUGUUUCCCCACCGCAGGCUACCAACAUGUCGGCUACCAGUUGCAGGGGCCCCAAUACGGGGCCCAGGGGAACCCCAGAACCUUUGAUUGCCCGAGUAUCCAGAUCACCUCCAUCGCUCCUAACAAUCAUGUGGAGCCGGGCAGUAGCCAGGAAGUUUUGGCGGUGGGCAGGGCGGAGGGGGGGGGGUACCCCGAGGCAUCCUGGUCCAGAGGCCAGCUCUACUUGCCCCUCGACCCGUGCUACCGGGACCCGACGCUCUGCCCGAGCCCCUGCAGCAGCCUGUCCUCCAGGAGCUGGAUGUCCGACCUCUCCUCCUGCGAGUCGUUUUCUCACGUCUACGAUGACGUGGAGGGGGAGCUGCGCGAUGCUGCACGUCUCGCCCUGGGCUCCCCCCUUGGGUCGCCUCUGGGAUCACCUGGCUGCGGGGGCGGAGCCUUCGGGGUGGAGCUGUGGCAACAAAUGUACCAACAUCCUUUAGCCUUCAGUCCAGCGCUGUCGCCCCAUCAGUCGCCCCGCCAGUCACCCUGCCACUCCCCUCGCACCAGUAUCACAGAGGAGAGCUGGUUGAACCGCCGGCCCACCUCCAGGCCGUCAUCCAGACCGACGUCCCCGUGCGGGAAGAGACGCCACUCCAGUGCCGACCCCCACGCCCGCUCACCCUCCCCUCACCACUCCCCAAGCCCCACGCCGGGCGCCUCCCCGCGGGGCAGCGUGACAGACGACUCCUGGGUGGGAAGCCCCGCCACCGCCCUGGGGCCACUGUUGAUGUCCGGCUACCAGGAGCUGGACGUCCCCUCUAAGACCAGGAGAACAUCGGGGAGCCAGCUGGGCCUCCUGGCCGGUAAAGGAGACCCGGGGCUGGAGCCCUUCCUGGACUCCCCCGUGGAGGAGGGACGUGAAGAGGACGGCCUGGCUGAUCUCUUCCUUCAGGUGCCGUCCCACUUCAGCUGGAACAAACCCAAACCUGGGAACCCGCCUCUGUUCAGAACCUCGUCGCCCCCCCCUCUGGACUGGCCUCUGCCCAACCAGUUCGACCAGUGUGAGCUGAAGGUGGAGGUCCAGCCCAAAUCCUACCACAGGGCCCACUAUGAGACGGAGGGCAGCAGAGGGUCCAUUAAAGCAGCUACUGAAGGACAUCCUGUCGUCAAAUUGACCGGUUACAGCGAGCAGCCGCUCAGCCUGCUGUUGUUCAUCGGCACUGCGGACGACCGCUACCUCCGCCCUCAUUCCUUCUACCAGGUCCACCGUGUGACGGGGAAGACGGUCACCACCACCUGCCACGAGAAAAUUAUGGGCGGCACGAAAAUCCUGGAGAUCCCUCUUCUCCCAGAAAACAACAUGUCCGCCAGCAUCGACUGUGCCGGCAUCUUGAAGCUGCGUAACGCCGACAUCGAGCUGAAGAAGGGAGAGAUGGACAUCGGGAGGAAGAACACGAGGGUGCGCGUUGUGUUCAGGGUCGCCGUCCCUCAGCCGGACGGCCGGAUGCUGUGGCUGCAGACGACGUCUAAUUCUGUGGAGUGCUCCCAGCGCUCGGGCCAGGAGGUUCCUCAGGUGGAGAGCUUCAGUCCGGCCAGCUGCUCGGUGGACGGAGGAGAAGAGCUGCUUGUCACCGGAGCCAACGUCUCCGCACAGUCCAGGGUGGUGUUCAUGGAGAGAGGGCCCGAUGGAAGAUCGUUGUGGGAAACAGACGCCAGAGUUGUGCCAGACAGAAGCAGCGGACGCAGCAUCGUGGUGGAGGUUCCGCCUUACAACAAAAAGACUACGGAUCCGGUCCAAGUCCAGUUCUGCGUCUCAAACGGGAAGAGAAGAAGAAGUCUGACGCAGAGCUUCACCUUCCUGCCUGGGGUCAGACGUCAGCCCCCCCAUGCUGCUGCUGCUGAAGUCAAACAGGAGCGCUGGGAGACGGACCACAUCUCCCACAAUCCACCUGGCUUCUGCCAGCCGCCCUCCCACGGCCGAGUGCUCGGCCCAGACAUGGUUUAUUAUGAGUCCUGUGACAUCCCAGUGCAUUGUGGUCCUCCUUCCCAGAGCGUGCCUCGUCUUCAUCACCCCCUUCCCUCCUCCUUAAUGUUUCCUCACACCUCCUCCCUCCCUCUUCACAUCUCCUCGGCCUCGUGUCAGACCUCCUCCGCCCCCCUGAUCCCUCUUCAGACCUGCAUCAUGCCUCUCCAGACCUUCCCCGCCCCCCCGCAGACCUCCUCCCUCCCUCCUCAAAUAUCCACGCUGCCUCCCCAGGCCUCUCCGGUGCCUCUUCAGACCUUCACCAUGCCUCCUCCCGCCUCCCCCGGUGGACCUCAGAGGAGACACUCUCCGUCUCUAAGCUCCAGCAGAGCCUUCGUGACCCCCGCUGACCCCCAGAAGAGCCCGGGAGAGGCGGCCAGCAUCAAGCAGGAGCCGGACGACCGGCCCCAUCUGGGAUCUUUGGGCCUCCAGGAGAUCACACUGGAUGACGUGAACGAGAUCAUCGACAGAGACAUCGGCAGUCUGAGCGGCGGCGUCCGGCCCGACCACUUUGAGCAGUACGACUGGGAGCACAAGCCGAGCGACGCUGCCUCGCCGUUCUGCGGAGGCCCUCCGUAGAACGCGGCGCCGCUUGUCGGACGGUCACGUUUGCACAAAGUGCACCGAACUCAUCUUCAAGUGCCUGGAAACCUCCGGCGAGCCCGCGGCUCGUCUCCUCGUCGGGGCGUCGCAUCAGAUCGGGAACCUCGCUGACCAACCAGAGAUGUUCCCGCUCUUCAUGACUGAACUGUAGACUAAAGGGCUGUGAGUCACAACAGGCUGAUCUUUAUUUAUUGGCCAGUUAAUUAUUAAAAAUCUAUUUUUGAUACUCUGGAUUUGAUCCGGUUAAAACAAACUUCAGUCCUUCAGCGGAUCGUUGACUUCCCAUCGCUCGGUUCUCACUGGGUGUACAUGAAUGCUGCUCAACAUGAACGCUGCUCAACAUGAACGCUGCUCAACAUGAACGCUGUGAAGCUCCAGACACUGAAUUACACAAAUGUAUCAAGUAAAGAAGUAAAAGAUGAAAGUAUUG